AUGGAACCAGCGGCAGCGGGAGCCCUGGGCGCAGAGGGCGCAGCGGGCGCAGCGGGCGCAGCCGGCGCAGGGGAAACGGCGGGGGCAGCGGGGGCGAGCGUGUUAGGUGCGCACAUGGCGAUACACAUGCCGAUGCGCGCGCUGAUGCUGGACGACGCGGGCAGCGACUCGUCCUUCACCUCCGCCGCCACCACCGCGUCUGGCGCUACCUUCUCCACGUGCUCGGGCGCGGGCGGCGGCGGCGCAGGGGGAGCUGCGGGCGCAGCGGGCGCAGGGGGAGCGGGAGCAGGGGGAGCGGGAGCAGGGGGAGCGUUGAGCGGUGCAGGGAGUGGUGGUGGUGCGGGUACUUGGAGAAGCGCGGAGGAUGUGCUGGUGGGGGGCACUGGCGCUAUGAGCCUCCUAGGGAGUUCGGGCGCACUGCCGCCGUCGCAGUAUUGUCUGAACCAGCACAACGCGCAUCCCCUUCAGCAGCAACACGACCAGCAGCACCACCAGCAGAAGCACCAGCAGCAGCAGCAGCAGCAACAGCAACAGCAGCAGCAGCAGCAGCAGCAGCAGCAGCAGCAGCAGCAGCAGCAGCAGCAUGUGUGCGUGGAGGUAGCCUGGGCGUGUAACAUCCACCUGUGCAGGCAUCUGCUGCUAUCAGCCUUCUCCCGGGCCGGCAUGCGGCCGGCUUCGCUUGUCCUCUUCCACCCUGCCAUGCCACCCUCUCCCCGAGUAGGCUCGGGGAGCAGCGCUCACUCCGACCUCUCCCCUUCCGCCCGCGCGCAGGCUGUUCCGCCGGCGCAGUUUGCGCCCUCCCCUUCUUCUGCCCCCGCGUUCCCCUCUGCGCUUUCCCCUUCCGCGCCCUCUGCUCCCCCCCCUGUUGGUGUGGGUACCGUCCCUCCUCCCUAUGACACGGCCACACUGGGAUGGAUGCAGCUUCAGCUACCAAGGCACGAGCACGUGGAUGAGAGGCGGAUAAGAGACACACUUAGCAAAGUGGGAGCUGCUGCUGCCACCGCUGCCGCCGCCUCUGCUGGUAAUUCUGGCGGAACCGGAAAAGGAGGUGCAGUAACAGCCGCAGCAGCAGCUUUUUUCAGUGGGGCAGCAGGGGGAGGAGCAGUGGCAGGAGGGGCGGAGCGUUUCGCCAGUUCACAAUCAGGGGAUGUGCGGAUGGGGGAGGCGCAAGGGGCGGAGCGCAGGGGCAAUCGCGGGAGGUGGGGGAGGAGAGCGGGGGGAGGGGGAGGUGGGGGGAGCGUUGGCGGGGGGAGUAGCGUUGGCGUUGGUGGGGUUAGUGCUGUUAGCGGUGUUAGCAGUGCGAGUGGUGUAAGCGGUGCAAGCGGUGCAAGUGGAGCAAGUGGUCUCAGUAGCGUGCCUGGGUCCCUGUCUUCUCUGUGGAAACGGGCUGAUCUGGGGGGUAAUGGGGAUAGCACCCAUGGGGGUGGCAAGGGCAGGCGAGGCGGGCGAGGAGUGCGGCAGAAGCGGGAGCGGGAUGAGAGGGAGAGAGAGGAGCGGGAAAGGGAGAGGGAGAAGAGGGGGUUCCGGUGGGAGAGGGACGAGAGUGAGAGUGAGGAGAGGGAGAGGGAGAGGGAGAUGGAAAGGGAGAAGGAGAAGGAGAAGGAGAAGGAGAAGGAGAAGUGGGGGUUUCGGUACUCAGGAAGAAAGGCAGGGGCAAUGAUAGACUCGCUGCUGCUGGGACUGUCCAGCAGAAAGGCCCCUCCUCCGCAUGGUGAUGCCUCCACGUCCUCCUCUGCUUCGGCUGCUGCUACCGCCGGUGCUGUUGCGGCCGCGGCUGUGUCCCUCUCGCCUCUGACUCUCUCCUCCCCUGCUGCUAGUCCUGGGCCUUCUUAUGCGGCCACCUCCCCCCCGACCGCGUCUGCUGCUGCGCCUGGUGAUGCGUGCGCUGCUGCUCCGGUUGCGGCCCUGGGGAAUGCAGAGCGGGUGAGCGGUGAUAGUUGUGCUAUUGUGCCGAUGGGGGGUGCCGGAUUGGGAGGGCAUAUAGCAGAAGUAGCAGGAGCAGCAGUGGCAGCAGAAGCAGCAGGGAUGGCAGGGGCGGCAGGUUGGCAAGGCAUGGACAUAGAGGCGAGGGUAGAUGACAGCGAUGCUCUAGAUAGCGCUGGAGAUGGGAUGCGAGGAGGCGGAGGAGGAGGAGGAGGCGGAGGAGGAGGAGGAGGAGCAGGAGCAGGAGCAGGUGCUGCUGCUGCUGCUGCCGCUACUGGUGAGCUUGGCGACAGCAGUGGCAGCGGCAGCGGUAGUGGGCGGGGGGGUGUGCUGUUCUAUGUGAGGAGCCGGGGGCGUGGGACGGAGAGCAGCAAGCGGGCGAGUAGGAUCAAGGGCACGCGUAAGUGUGAGGGUGAAGGUACGGAGGCGUUGACACCGCAUGCACAUGCGAGUGAACCGGGGCCGUUGGAACGAGAGGGAUCGACACAGACAUGUGUGCAGGCAGAAGGAGCAGCAGGUGUGGUCGCACAGGGACAGCUGCAAGGGCAUGGAGCGAGGGAGGGAGAGAGAGAGGGGGAGGGAGAGGGAGCAGGGAGGAGAGAGCAGGGGCGGACGCCUGGGAGAGUGAUGGUGGGGGUAAUGAAGCCGGUGAGUGGCCUGGGUGUUGCUCACAGGUUCGGGUCCACUGGCAUGUUCGCUGCUGCUGCUGCUCCACGGAUCGUCAUUGCAGAGCACACAGGCGACACUGGCACAGGUGCCAUGGCAGAAGGAGCAGCAGCACCCACAGCAGCAGGAGGGGCAGCCGCAGCAGCAGCAGCAGGGGGAGGAGGAGCCGCAGCAACAGCAGCGGGAGCAGCUGCAGCAGCAGGAGGCGAGGCAGGGGGCGGGUUGCUGCAGCUGCUGCUAUCAGAGCAAGGAGCAAUGAAGGAGAAACUAGGCAAGUUCAUGCUGGACCCGAUCCGCCUUGACAUAGGCCACGUGCUCGCCGUGGGCGCCUCCGGCGAGGUGCGGCGCGGGCGCUACCAGGGCAGAGAGGUCGCUGUGAAGGUUCUCAAGGCGGAGAGGCAUGAGGCGCAUACGGCGAGAGCAGAGUUUCGGAGAGAGGUGGUGACGCUGGUGUCGUGCGGCGAGUGCCCGUAUUUGCUGAAGUUUUACGGGGUUUGUGUGGAUAUGCGGCAGCGGAUGUGUAUAGUGACGAAGUUGAUGAAAGGAGGGAAUCUGCAUGAUAUGCUGAGGCGGAGGCAUGGCGUGGGGCUGCCGCUGCCGCAGCUGGUGAAGGUGGCGAUGGAGGUGGCGCUGGGCAUGCGGUUCCUGCACCGCCAUGGCAUCAUUCACAGGGACCUCAAGCCGGCGAACGUGCUACUAGACGAGCAGGGGCGCGCCGUCGUAGGAGAUUUCGGCGUGGCACGGCUCAUCAGAGAGCGCGCCGAGAUGACCAAGGAGGUGGGCACCUACCGCUGGAUGGCCCCUGAAGCCUUCGGCACCACAGGGAUUUUUAAGCCGCUUAAAAUACCGCCCUCUUUCUUUCUCCCGGACCUCAAGCCAGCAAACGUGCUCCUAGACGAGCAGGGGCGCGCCGUCGUAGGCGACUUUGGCGUGGCACGGCUCAUCAGAGAGCGCGCCGAGAUGACCAAGGAGGUGGGCACCUACCGCUGGAUGGCCCCUGAAGCCUUCGGCACCACAGGGAUUUUUAAGCCGCCUAAAAUACCGCCCUCUUUCUUUCUCCCGUCUCCAUCUCCCCAACCCCCUCCACCCCAUCCAACCCCUCCCAACCGCGCCCAACCACCAGGGACCUCAAGCCAGCAAACGGACCUCAAGCCAGCAAACGUGCUCCUAGACGAGCAGGGGCGCGCCGUCGUAGGCGACUUUGGCGUGGCACGGCUCAUCAGAGAGCGCGCCGAGAUGACCAAGGAGGUGGGCACCUACCGCUGGAUGGCCCCUGAAGCCUUCGGCACCACAGGGAUUUUUAAGCCGCCUAAAAUACCGCCCUCUUUCUUUCUCCCGGACCUCAAGCCAGCAAACGUGCUCCUAGACGAGCAGGGGCGCGCCGUCGUAGGCGACUUUGGCGUGGCACGGCUCAUCAGAGAGCGCGCCGAGAUGACCAAGGAGGUGGGCACCUACCGCUGGAUGGCCCCUGAAGCCUUCGGCACUACAGGCCAAUGGACCGUGACCCAACGCAGCGACGUCUACAGCUUCGGGAUUGUCCUCUGGGAGCUGCUCACCGCGCGGUUACCCUACGAGGACUACUCGCCGCUACAGGCGGCGGUGGCGGUGGCGCUGAAUGGGCUACGGCCGCCGCUGCCGCCGGGGUGCCAUGCGGGGGUGAGGAGGCUGAUUGAGAGGUGCUGGGCGCGGGAUCCGGGGGAUAGGCCGGAGUUUGAUGAGAUUGUGAGGGUGCUGGCGGCGAUUGGGGGUGAGGGGGUGGGGGUGGAGUGGGAGGGGAUGGGUGGUGCGGUGGAGGUGGGUGCGGAGGGAGAGGAGAGGGGGCGGGGGGUGGUGGGGGUUCGAAGAGGCGAGGAGAAGGACGGUGGUGGUAAAGCCGAUGGUGGUCCUGGUGGUGGUGUUGCUGCGGCUGCCGCUGCUGCUGUUGGUGGGGGUGGGCACGCUGUUAUUGCUGCGGAGGUUAUGGAGCAGCACAUGCCCAACAGCCAGCCCAGAAGUGACACCUUUCCUGCUGCUGCUCCCAUGCAGGAACUGCAGCAGCCGCAGCACCACGCACAGCAGCAACAGCGGCCGCAGGUGGUACUGGUGGAGCAGCGGGGGGUGCAAGGAAGGCCCAUGCAGCAGGGAGAUUCCAGUGCAGCACUUGCAUCCAUGGAGAACGGUUCUGCUCGUGAGUGCUUGCAGUCGAUAAGCGGGCCUGAGCGGGGUGGGAGCGAGAGCGAGGGGGCGAUGGACGGGACGUGCGAGGAGGCAAUGGAGGUGGUGGAGCAGAUGCUUCCAGAGCUGCAUGUCAGUGAGGGGGAGGGAGGGCGGGGCGAGAAGAACGUGCGUGCAGGACAGUGA